ACAGGCUGUGGGCGCUUGACGAGGAUACAGUGUAGCGGCCACGCCGUGCAACCCGCAACACUCAAAAUUGCAAAGCGAAAUGUCUUCAGUUGCCAGAUUGUUGCAGUGAGAAAGAAAAAAAUAACAGCACCCUGAGCCUCAGUUGUGGAAUGUUCCUGUCCUACCAGCCGAGUCAUUGCGGAGAUGUGGCUAUUGCUGCCCUGAGGAGCACGGCUUCAGUGCGCGCCUUGACCACAGUGCCGCGGAAGCUCUGUGUUUUCUCUCCUUGUCAUCGCCGGUAAAAUGCAUGUCUCAUUGGCUGAGGCCUUGGAGGUUCGGGGAGGACCACUAGAAGAGGAGGAGAUCUGGGCUGUAUUAAGUCAGAGUGCAGAGUGCCUACAAGAUCUGUUUCACAAAGCUGACCCCAUUGCUCUAGGUUUUAUCAUCAGUCCCUGGUCUCUGUUGCUGUUACCUUCUGGCGAUAUUUCUUACACUGAUGAGAAUGUUUCUGAUCAGGACCUGCGUGCAUUUACUGCCCCUGAAGUUUUGCAGAGUCGGCCUUUGUCCUCUCUUUCUGAUGUUGAAAAGAUGCAUGUCUAUUCUCUCGGUAUGACUUUGUAUUGGGGAGCUGAUUAUAAAAUACCUCUGAACCAGCCAAUCAAACUUGGGGAUCACCUGAAUAGCAUAUUGCUGAAUAUGUGUGAAGAUCUGAUGUACACACGAGUGACAAUAAGGACUAUUCUAGAUGCUUGCAGUGCUCAUAUUCGGAACAGUAACUGUGCACCAGCUUUCUCAUACAUUAAACAGCUGGUAAAACUUGUCUUGGGUAGUCUAACAACUCUGAAUCAGCUAUCCUUAAAUACAGUGAGCAAGCCAGAUCGUAAUCAGGAAAUUCGUGAUCGACUGAGAGGCAAGGGCCUUCCAAUAGAAAGAAAUAAGAAAGAAACUCCCAAGGGAACAGAAAAUUACAAAGCACAAUUCUGUGAACCGACCUUACUGAAUCGAGGACUUAGUAAGUCCAUGGGAUUUUUGGCGAUUACCGAUAAGAAAUCAGACAUUGAGUCUUACCAUACAGCCUCUGGACAAGAAGAUACAGUGGAAAGGUACAACAAGCCUCGAUCCAGACCUAACUGUUUGGAUAGGAAGCAGAAUUCUGUUGAUGAUUCUAGUCACCGGAAGCUCUGGACCUCAGCAGUUGAUUUGGAUCUGUAUGGUAGCAAAAUGACAUCCUCUGGGGAUAAUACUCCUCAAAGAAACACUUCUCCACUGGGAAAAGGCAGACAGAUUAAGAGCAUCACCCAAGCCAGAGAACCAAAGUACCGAGACCUUGGGCAAGUGCCAACUACACUAGGUUUUCAGAAUCCUCCUCCAACAUCACAACUUUCUACCUCAUCAGCUCUUUCAGGGGCUUAUGAAAGGAUUAAAGAACGACAGAGGAAAUUGCGAGUUCUGAGAGAAGCAAUGGCUAUGGAGGAACCUACAGAAUUAUAUUCAACUCGCCACAGUGAUAUGUACAACACAGCAAGCGAAAGCAUGUCUCUUGUUUCUUCUGACCCAGAUAAUCAACCAGUCCAAAGAAAUGAUGAUGUUCGAAGGUACAGUUCUCAAGCAGAAGAUGAAUUUGUGGCAGAGUCUUACAUUCCAAAUAAGAGAUCCUCUAGCUUAUAUGAAAUUUCAGCAGAUGAGAAUAUUGUAAGCCAGGAGUUAAUGCUGAAACGGCAGGACAAAGAACUAAAGCAGCUGCAAAACAGAUUAAAUCGAAAACAGUACCCAUCAGGUCUUCUUCAAGCUGACAUGGUCAAAGCAUCCAUGUUAGAUGUAACCAGGGAUCCUUUAAGGGAUGUCGCAAUGGAAACAUCCAUGACGCAGAGAAAGCUAAAGAACUUCUUUGGACCCGAGUUUGUUAAAAUGAUUAGUGAACCUUCUGUCACACUCGAGCUUCCUGCUUCAAUUCUGACUAAGAAUGGAAAAGGGGAGGACAUUCGUCGUAAAGUAAACAUCAUGUUGCUAAGUGGACAAUGUUUGGAAUUGACCUGUGACACCAAGUCAACAUGCAAGGAUGUAUUUGAUAUGGUGGUUGCUCACAUUGGCCUGGUGGAACAUCAUUUCUUUUCCUUGGCAUAUUUAAAAGAGAAUGAAUUCUUUUUUGUUGCUCCUGACUGUAAGUUGUCCAAAGUGGCUCCAGAGGGAUGGAAAGAGGCAAAGAAAAAAAACAGAAUUACCGUAAAUUUCAUCCUAUUUCUCAGAGUAAAAUUUUUUGUCGAAGAUGUUGGCUUAAUCCAACACACACUGACCAGGCAUCAAUACUAUUUGCAGUUGAGAAGGGAUAUAUUGGAAGAGAGGUUGCACUGCAGUGAUGAAACGGCCAUGCUACUUGCUUCGUUAGCCCUUCAGGCUGAAUUCGGAGACUACCAACCAGAGUUUCAUGGGAUGAGUUAUUACAGAAUUGAACAUUAUUUACCAAUUGGAGUGAUGGAGUCUUUGGAUGAAUCUUAUGUGAGGGAGGAGCUGCCCAAACUGCACAGCACAUACUGUGGAGCAACGGAAAUGGAAUUUGAACUUGAAUUUCUAAAGAUAUGCCAAAAACUGCCUGAGUAUGGGGUGCUGUUCUAUCGGGUUCUUCCAGAAAAGAAAUCGUUAACCGGAAUCAAUCUGGGUAUUUGUUCCAAAGGUGUAAUUGUUUAUGAGAUUCAGAAUGGGCUCAGAACAGUAGUCCUUCGGUUUCCAUGGAGAGAUACCAAAAAAAUUGCAUUCACUAGAAAGAAGAUUACAUUACAGAACACUUCAGAUGGAAUAAAACAUCAGUUUCAGACAGACAGCAGCAAGACCUGUCAGUAUCUCCUGCACCUGGCUUCAUCCCAGCACAAAUUCCAACUGCAGAUGAGAGCACGAAAGAACAAUCAGGAUUUGCAGGAAAUUGAAAGUUUAUCUGUCAGCAACCUGAACUACAAUGGAGAUUCUGCAGGUUUAUUCUCCAUGGGCAGGGUGAAUAGUAGUAUUAGUCUUGCUGCCAGUGCACACAGCAGAUUAACUGAUCAAUCUCAGUUAAUGCGUUCUGAACUCCUAAAACGCAUGUCCAGGUCAGAAGCAGCAUUGAACCAGCCCUUGUACGACAUCUCGAAAGACAAGAUAUAUUGUACUUUGUGGGACCAACGCCCUCCAAUCCUCAGCAAAUCUUCCUAUGAUCUUAGACAAGUUUCUGAGUCAAAACGAAGAAGUGCACCCAACUUUAGCUACCAUUUGUUUCGUUCUUCAAACCUGCUGGAAGGGGACACUGAGCGCAAAGUAAAACACCCAUGCCAUCGAUCAGACACUGAGUCCAUGGUGGGAGGUGAGCGACGAAUCAAAAACAGUGUCAUCAAUCCAAAGAGGUCUCAGGCUGUCUCGCACAAAAGUCCUGCUCGAAGAAAUCCUGGGUCAGACUCCUCAUCUACUGAAGACUCCAACCAGGCAUACGCCUUAGGGAUUAGCAUGCACAGUUCUGGGAUCCCAUCAACCCCUGCUACCUUGACAGCCAAUGAUACUCUUCAUCAGAAAUUUAGUGCCUUGCCUUCACCUGAAAGAGAGCUUAGAUUUAUAAAACUGAAGAAGGAUGUAAAACAUGGCUUAGGUUUUCAAAUUGUUGGUGGAGAAAAAACUGGCAAACUCAACUUAGGAAUUUUUGUCACCACAGUAAUGCCAGGAGGGCCAGCAGAGUUGGAUCAACGUUUAAAUCCAGGUGAUCGCCUGAUAUCUGUAAAUGACAUCAGUUUAGAAGGCGUUACCCAUGACAGAGCAGUUGAAAUUUUACAAAAUGCCCCUGAAGACGUGACCUUAGUGGUGUCUCAGUUGAAAGAGAAACUUUAUAGAGGAACCGAUUUUUCUUCAGGAAUGAGGAACAAGUCUAGAAGCCCUUGCCGUAAUUUAGGAAGACGGGAUUAUGAAGAAGUGUCAUCUUCGGAAGAACAUAAUGGAUCAUUUGGUCAUCAUAGAACUCAUCCUGUAAGAACUUCUGUUCCACCUGAGCAAAAACGAAGAGGAAGUACAAGCUCCCAGGACUCUAGAACUGAAAGUGCAGGGCUUUCACAAAGCCAAGUACAUGGUUUCUACAAAAAUCGAACUACCUGUAGAGCACCGCAAUCUGCUGGUUACGAAGGAGUCUCUGCACUAAUGGAAAUGAGGCAGGGUAUGAUGCAGAAUGUUUUGGACAGCACAGGGCCAUCAAGCAGUACUAAUGUUGAAACACCUAAAGAGACAGAUUGCUCGGACCGAGGUGACUCUGACAUGGAUGAAGCAACUUAUUCCAGCAGUCAAGAGCAACGAAGUUCAAAAAAGGAUUCUGCAGCAGAUAAGGUGAAAAGAAGAGCUUUCCCUGAUGCUAAGCAAAGCUCUUUGCUAAAGCCAGGAGAUAUUUUUGAAGUGGAGUUGUCAAAAAUAGAGAACAGCUUGGGCAUUAGUGUCACGGUACUGUUUGGCAAGGGUGGUAUUAACACAAGUGUGAGACAUGGUGGGAUUUAUGUAAAAGGCAUUAUACCAGGUGGAGCUGCUGAAGCUGAUGGACGUAUUAAGAAAGGUGACCGUGUUCUUUCUGUGAAUGGAAUCUGCCUGGAAGGUGCAACUCAUAAGCAGGCUGUGGAGAUGCUAAGAAGCACGGGACAAGUGGUUAAUCUGUUAGUGGAGAAGGGGCAGCUCCCAGCAGCCAGCGUUCAUGCUCCUGUCACUCCACAGUGCACACCUCCAUGUACAGCCAAUCAAAAUACAUCAUGUGAAUCAGCUGACAAGCAAGAACUAGUCCCAGAACUCAUGUCCUCAACUGCCAAAGACUACUGUCUUGUCAAUGAUGGUAACCUAUUUAAAGUAAAGUUAAUAAAAAACUCCUCUGGAUUGGGUUUUAGUUUUACUGAAGGCAAUGACGUUGUUCCUGAACAUAAUGGAAAUGCAGUAAAAAUAAAGAAACUUUUUGCUGGGCAACCAGCAGCAGAGUGUGGGAAGAUUAAUGUUGGAGAUGUUAUAAUACAGGUGAAUGAUAUCCCUUUGAAAGGACUGUCAAAGCAGGAAAUAGUGUCUGUUCUCAGGCGGACAUCGCAAGAGGUCACCCUGUUACUUUACAGACCCAAAUCUAGUGUGUUAGUAGAUAUUGAUUCCACUGUGGGUGUACAUGAUUCCCAGAAAAAUGAGACUUGCAGAAGUAAAGCGCAGAAACAGGGCUUGGACAACUUGCUGAUGUCUGGAAAGACCAAUACCAGUAUUGUGGAUGAAGGUGAUGUAGAAGUUGAAAAGGAAUUUCAAAAUCCAAGAUUGAAGUCUCCUCCAAGGGAUUGCUGUAGAGACAGCUCACAUGAUGAUGAUGUUGAUGAGUGUCCUGUGUUGAAAGAUGAUGUCAGUUUUAAAAAAAUGAUCACCACUGGUCAGACACUUGGGAAUGCAAAUUCUUUUACCAGCGGCCAAUAUGAAAUGCCAUCCUGCCAGGAAAAAACCAUCCAAAGUAUUUACUUUUCUCCACACGAAUCUUCAAAACAGGAACUAAUUAACAGAAAGCCACCUUCACCAGUGCUUCUCGGUCAUGCACAGCAGCAAGGCUUUAAACUUCACCCUGUGGUUUCCUUUCCUACUCCGGUAGAUGAGAACUGCAUUAGUUGCAGUUCAGCAUCUGAAAUGGAUUCUUCAGUCUCCGAAACGGUAGCCAUUCCAGCCCAGCAUCAGGACAGCAAGAGCCUUGAAGAGGAAGAUUUUGAGUUACAGCCCGAAAUGGAAUUGCAUGUUACUUUGAAGAAAUCAGAAAAGGGAAGCCUGGGAUUCACUGUGACAAAAGGGGAUCCAAACUUCGGUAGCUACAUACAUGACAUUAUUCAGGACCCUGCAAAAAGUGAUGGAAGGCUGAGACCUGGUGACAGAUUGAUAAUGGUGAAUGGUGUUGACAUCACCAGUAUGAGCCAUGCAGAAGCAGUGGAUUUUCUUCGAUCUAUCCCAGAUACUGUUACUCUAGUAAUUGGACGGGUUCUGGAAAUACCAGAGUUUCCAAUAAAGCCACAUUUGCUUCCAGAUAUCACAAUGAUGUGCCACAAGCAAGAACUAGGCUUAUCUGUGGCAGGAGGCAGUGAUACUGCAUGCCAGUCAGUUUACGUAAGUGGCAUUACCCCAGGUUCAGCUGCUGAUAAAGAAGGAAGUCUGCAACUAUUGGAUAUUAUCCAUCAUAUAAAUGGUGUUAGCACACAUGGAAUGACCACAAACGAGGCAAGGAGAACUCUUCAAAAUGCAGGCCCCAUUGUGACUUUAAAAGCCACAAGAGAUGGAGAGCCUGUAUUUGCAAAAGUAAUCGAGUCUUCUGUUCAGUGCAGUGACAAGCGCAUAAAGCUUAAUGAAUCUGUUGAAGUUAAUGGAGAUAUAUAUGGAAAUGGUCAAAAUGAAUGCGAUCAAGCAUCCUCUGUAAAGAUACCAGAGAAUAAUGUGAUGCACUUUGAGCUACAGAAGCCUAUCACAGGAAGAUUAGGGUUCUCCUUAAUAGGUGGUGAAAGUGGUACUUUUGUAAAGAGUGUUCAUCCUGGUGGUGCAGCUGCUGUGGAUGGAAGGCUGCAACCUGGUGACCAAUUACUUCAGGUAAAUGGGAAAUGUAUAGUUGGAGUCUCCCACACUAAAGCAGUGACAACAAUCCGCAAAGCCAAAGGAUUAGUGAAUUUAACUGUCUCCAGAGCUAAGUCCUCCAGCGAAAUGAGAAAUACUGAGAAAGAUACAGAUUUUGUGAAAACACCUGGUAUUGCAAAACAUAUAGGUGAACUGAAGGAAGAAGAAAUGUCUACUAAAUCUGAGGAUACAGAUUAUGAAGGUUUUUCAUUGCCUGAAGACUCCCCUGAGCCACUCAGAAAGAAUGAUUAUCAUAUUUCAACCAGCAUAGAGAAAGCAAUUCAAGAGCUCUCUAUUGAAGAUAAAACAUCUGAAAGUUAUGAUAGGACGCCCAGCCUGACACACAUGGAGAAGACAGAGGACGGUGAGGUUACCAGGGGAAGUGAGCAACUUCCAGUUGAUACUUUGCGACAUGAUGCUUCAUCAAUAGAUGAAUGGCCAAUAACUAAAGAGAAGCUUGCCACACUAUCUGUUGUAAAGGUGCCCCAUGCAAGCCAGUACACAGGCUCCAAGCUGGAUGCGAUCAUUAAAACAUUGCAAAGACUGCUAGAUCAGCAGAUUCCAGCGCAGGAGUUUGAGCAUCUGCAAGAUCUGAAACCAUUGGAUGAAUGUUUAAUUGGACAAACAAGAGACAAUCGGAGGAAAAACAGAUAUAAAAACAUACUGCCAUAUGAUGGCACACGAGUUCCUCUUGGAGAGGAGCAUGGAUACAUUAAUGCCAGCUUUAUAAAAAUACCAGUGGAUAAAUAUGACUACACCUACAUUGCAUGUCAAGGACCUUUACCUCAUACACUGGCAGACUUUUGGCAGAUGGUUUGGGAGCAAGAGUCUAACAUCAUUGCCAUGAUGACUCUCGAAGUCGAAGGAGGAAAGGUCAAAUGUCAAAGAUACUGGCCAGAACUUAAGGGAAAAUCAGUAAUAAUUAACAACAAGAUUAAGAUAAUCCUUCAACAUUGCCAUUCAUUGGAAGAAUUUACUGUUCGAAAAAUUGAGAUGAUUAACUUACAGAAUGGCGAGUCACGACAAGUAACGCAUUUGAACUUUACCGCCUGGCCGGACCAUGGAACCCCAGACAAGCCGGAGCAAUUAGUUGCCUUUCUCAGCUACAUGAGACAUAUCAAACGUACUGGCUCCUUAAUUGCCCACUGUAGUGCAGGAAUCGGUCGGUCAGGGACACUUAUUUGCCUAGAUGCAGUAUUAACAUUCAUCAGCAAAGGACUUGAUUAAGACGGCAGAAAUGCUCGGAGUGAAUACAAUUGAUAUGGCGUAUUUGGACGGCCAAAAGGCAUUUGAUAGACUACCAGCAAAGGGGAAACCCUAUGAAUACAAACAGUGGCAGCAUGAUACAAAGUUGGCCAAGUGACAAGAAAGGGAAGUAGUGUUGAACUAUUGUUUAUCUGGUAAUGACCUAGACUUGGGGGUAGAAGGAAUAAUUUCAACAUUUUUAUAUGACACAAAACUUGGAAAUUAACCUGUGAGACAGAUGCUCAUUCAUGGCCUGUUGGAAUGUGUAGACAUGUGACAAGUAAAAUUUACCACAAAAAACAUGAAAAUGUAACAUUUUGAUAGGAAGCUUGAGAAGAUGUACAGCAAAAUAGAGCAGUUCUAAAGGAGGUGCAGAAACACUUAGGGAAACAAAUUGUUUGAAAAGGCAUUUGAGAAAGCAGUUAUAAAGGCACAUCAGACCCUGGGCUUUCCUAAUAGAAGCAUCACUUGCAACAGGAGGGGGAUUAUGCUGAAUCUUUUUAUCACUGAUUUGGCUUCAACUGGAAUAUUGUGUACAGUUCUGGAAACAGCACUUGAGGAAGGUUUUGAAGUCCCUGAGGAAUUUGAGAAUAUUUCCAGGGAUGGGGGACUUCAGUUGGCAUGGUGAGAGUGAGGAAGAUGGAGUUGAUUUUUUUAUGAGACUAGAUAAGAUGGGAAAAAAUUUGAUGGAAGUAUUCAAAAUCAUGUGGGAAUGAGGCAGUAUUUCAUUUAUCUAAGGUGAUUUGCGAAAGAACUAAUGGCAGAAUGAGGAAAAGUAAAUUUGCACAGUGAAUGCUUAGCAUCUCAAAUGCACUACCAGUGGGUGUAAUGAAGAGAGGAAAUAAAAUGCAGGACUCCUGUUAGCGGGCUUAGUAAAGUCACUUUUGCAGAUAGCCAGGGUACACAUAGCGUGGUGAAUAUCUUAUUCUUAUGCUGUACCCAAUACAUGUAUCCUAGCACAUACUUAGCCCCAAUCAGCCGUCAUCCCGUGCCGACUGCACUGUAUUGUCUCUCAGUUUAGCAAUGACUUGAUUUUAAAUGCUUGUCCUUGUUUUCAAAUUCCUCUGUGGACUCAUUUCUCCUUUCCCCCGAAACCUCUACCAGCCUUACAACCCCUUAAAAUAUCAUAGCUCGUCCAAUUCCAGACUUUUGAGUUUGCAAGAUUUUAGUUCUCGAGUCAGAGUCAUAAAGUCAUACCGCAUGGAAUCAGACCCUUUUGUCCAACUUCGGUCGAUCCUGACCGUGUUCCCAAACUAAACUAGUUCCACCCCUUCAUUUGGCCCAUAUUUCUCCAAACCUUUCUUAUUUCUGUAUUUAUCCAAAUGCCUUUGAAAUGUUGCAACUGUACCUGCAUCAAUGGCAUCCUCCGGCAGUUCAUUCCACACAUGAACCACUGUCUGUGUAAGAAAGUUGCCCCACAUGUCCUUUUUAAAUCUUUCUCCACUCACCUUAAAAAAUAUGCCCCCGAGUUUUGAACUCCUCCCCCACCCCCCGCAAACCCUGGGGAAAAGACCCUUGCUAUUCACCUUAUCUAUGCCCUUGAUGAUUUUAUAAACCAUUAUAAUGUCACCACCCAACCUAUGCUCCAGUGUAAAAAGCCCCAGUCUAUCGAGUGUAUUUUUAUAUUUCGAAUCCUUUAGUCCCUGAAACAUCCUGGUAAAUCUUUUCUGAAACUCUCCUAUUUAACAGUACACUUCCUAUAGCACACAGUGCUCUAGAAGAGGCUUCACCAACAUCCUGUACAAUCUCAACUCCUAUACUCAAAGGUCUGAGCAAUGAAGGCAGCAUGCUAAAUGCCUUCUCAGCCACCCUGUCUACCUGUAAUGCAAAUGUCUAAGAAUUAUGUACCCAAGCCCCUAUGUCUCUGUGUUUUACAACACUACCCGUGGCCCGACCAUGAAUUGUAUAAGCCCUGUCCCUAUUUGUUUUACCAAAAUUCAAUACCUCGCAUUUAUCUCAAUUGAACUACGUCUGCCACUCCUCAGCCAAUUGACCCAGUUUAGCAAGAUUGCUUGUCAAUCAAGGGCAUUGUCUGCCAAGCUUUCGACCCUAUACAUUGGAAGUUCCUCAAUAAACCUCUACACCCUUCUCUCUCCACCUCCAAUUCCCUCACCUUUUAAAACUUUCCAUUAAACCUGCCUCUUUGAUCAAGCUAUUGAUCAUCCAUCAUAAUAUCGCCUUAUGUGACUCAGAGUCAAAUUGUGUUCGAUAAUUUCUCUCGCUAAGUACUUUGGGAAGUUUUACUAUAUUUAAAAACACUAUCUUAAUGCAAGUUAUCAUCAUGUCAUAUUAUUAAGAAAUGCACUUCGUCAAAUGGGACUGCAUUACAGAAAUGGAUAUCAAGUAACGCUUGUGUAAUUUAGUUUUUGUGAUAUAUUAAUAAUGAAAGUCACAGAUAUACAUUACUUUUACCAUGCAAUGCAAAUGUUGAUGGAAAAUAAGAUUUCCACCAAUCAUUUUGUUCUCCGUAAGGAUGAUGGUAAACUGAAAGAGACAGCAGAUGGACCUUUGAAUUUUAUCUAUUUUACAGUAUCGGUUGUACUUGAGUCAUUUGCGAUGUUAUGAAAUCUAGUUUUGAACAAUGGCUUGAAUUUAUUGCCUUUGACAUUAUAUGGUAUAAGAAAUUUUGAUCAGUUUUAGUUUUAUUUCAAUUAACAAUACAGUACAAAGCUCCAAGGUUGCCUUUUGAGAAUGCCCAUGGAUGUGUGCUUCUGAUUAUCUUUUUAGAAAUAUGUUGAAUGGCUAAAAAAAACCUAUCAUCUGUCCGACCACAACAUGAAGAAUGACAACUUGGCUGAUGCACAGGAAGCCAUGUGUAAUGCUAGUCUAAGUCAGAAAGUAGAGUGAGAGUUUAACGAUAAUGACCCCGUUAAAGAUUUUUAUUGGUUUGAAAUGUCUGUGCUGCAAAGACUUCUAAUCGCAUCUAUCCUAUUGGAUUGCUAGUGACUUUGUAACUCUUCCUUUUGUCUG